AUGCAAACUAUAUAUCAACCGCUAGACCAGCGGCGCUCUCAAAUCCGCCUCAUUGAGAUCAUCUCUAUCGGUGGCAGCGAGAAGGUCAAGUGCAAACUAAGCGUCUCGUCGCUCGAGGACAAUGUGGAGUUCGCAGCGCUUUCUUACGUAUGGGGCGACCCAAAAGUUACUAAAGACAUUAUUCUUAAUAAUGAAAUCUUUCCGGUUACGACAAACUUGGCGGCUGCUUUAAAGCAUGUGAAGGCUCACUGGUGUAACGCUUUCCCCGAUCGAAACCCAGGGCUCUUCCGAAUUUGGGCGGACGCUAUUUGCAUCAACCAAAAAGAUCCGGAAGAACGAAGUAGCCAAGUUAAUCUCAUGAGAGAUAUAUAUGCGAAAGCAGAAUUAGUCCUCUCAUGGCUUGGCCAUAGAAUCGAUGAGAUCGACGUCGCUCUUAAGGCUCUUAAAACGAUAGCGAAGGAAACAAGGGAAUUAAGUAGCCCAGAGGCUAGACCCUGGAAGGCGACUCGAAAUUUCUUUGGACUUCCGUACUGGCAGCGCGUCUGGAUAUUUCAGGAGCUAGUAUUAGGGAAACGAAUUCUCUUG